AUGCUGAACGAAUCAGUAGAACUCGUACCAGUGCCAAACACGAUGAAAAUACAUCAGAUUAUUAACAAUGUUGACUCAGCUAACUCUAUUUCCUACCGUUGUUUAAGUUGCUUCUGCGAAAAGAGUAGACCAGGUUUUUGCGACUGUCUCAAUCUGAAAUCUGCGGACUUGCUAAAGCAAACAGAAAUGUUAAAUGAAAAAUCUAUUCCGUCUAAAACGUCUAUAACAGUAUUAGCUGACAUUAAAAAUACUCAAGAAAACAGGUCUUAUUUUAAUUUGAGACAAUAUGGACCAUUCAAUUUAAAACAAAUAAACCUCAAAACAGACAUUGCUAGCAAAAGUUUGAAAGAAAAUUCUCAUGACAGAAUGAAGAAAUGUUCAAAGAAAAGAAAAAUAAAAGACAUACACCUUAAAACAAAUAAGAAACUUAAAACGGAAGAGGAGAGCAGUACAGACGAAGAUAUGACGAUUUCUUUGCAUGAUACUUCUGAUGAAGAGUAUCACAUUACAGAUGAUAUCUUAUCAGAUGAUGAUUAUCUGGAUCAUAUGGAUUAUCAAUUGAAAGAACAGAAGAACGUUACAAAUUUAAGAAAAAUAUCAGACACAAGUAAAAUAGAGAGAGAAAAAAUAGAACAAUCAAGCCAUGAAGAUAAAAAAAAAUACAUACACUGGUAA